UAACGUUUUCACAUCACUAGGAAGUACUGAUAAAUCAUAUAUUACUUUGUUUUUCUCAUAUUAUAGCCGUUGAAAAGAGAGCCCGAAAUAAUAGAAAUGCCGGCCUUUCACUCGGAAAUUGAGGAUUUCCAAGCCUCGGUGGGGAAUAUGGCCCUUCUACCGCUACGCACUCAAGUCCGAGGACCAGCGCCCACUGUUGAUAUUCCCAACGACAUCAUCGAUGAGUCACUUUACUUCUGGAAGUCGAACAUUUUCUUCCGCACUUACGAAGUUAAGUCGGAGGUGGACAGGGUGCUUAUCUACAUCACGCUCUACAUCACGGAAUGCUUGAAGCGAUUGGCCCGCUGCAGCAGCAAAGCGCAGGGUCAGCAGGAGCUCUAUACGCUGGCCAUUUCCCGGUUCGAUAUACCCGGCGAUGCGGGAUUCCCGCUGAAUGGUAUAUACACGAAACCGGAGGAUCCGGAGCUGAUGCGCCAGUACAUGCUGCAGUUGCGCCAGGAGACCGGAAACAGAUUGCUGGAGAAGGUCUUCGAUACGGCGGAUGGAAAGCCGAGCAAGUGGUGGAUAUGCUUUGCCAAGAAGAAGUUCAUGGAGAAGAGUCUUUCGGGGCCGGGAAUGUAGAUGAAUGCAUAAGUUAUUGUGAAGUGUUUUUACCUUUAUUUUGUUGACUGUAUAAAUUGUAGAGACUCCCUGAUAUACUGCCGAUUAUAGUAAAGUAUUCAAUCGUAAAA